UGACGUGUUAGGCGUAGGCUAUUUGUUUCACUUGUAAACGCAGUGGCAAGUGCUAUGUUGUGAGAAUUGUGAGCACAAUUGGCAUCGAAGUAGGAUAGGCAACUAUUAGUUUAUGUGAGAAUAUGUCCGAAUUUGAUGAUAAUCCUUUUGUGGAUCCUGUGGACGUCAAUCCUUUCAAGGAUCCAUCAGUUGUUGAAGUAACCAGCACAGCCAUGGAUGGAAUUCAGGAAUACAACCCUUUCUCCGCUAGCGGAUUGGAGAAGUACAAUGAAACUACCAUCCCUAUCUCUGAUGGUUCCUCCCAGCCAGCAGUUCUGCAGCCUUCCUCAGAGCCCAGUCCGCAGGCAACAGCAGCUGCUGCUCAGGCAGAACUCCUCAAACAGCAAGAAGAGCUGGAGAAGAAGGCAGCAGAGUUAGAACGCAAGGAACAGGCGCUAAAGAACAGAGGAGUCUCCAUGGGUCCAGAAAACAACUGGCCCCCACUCCCAAAGUUUUUUCCCAUAAAGCCCUGCUUCUAUCAGGAUUUCAAUGAAGAAAUUCCUGUGGAGUACCAAAGGGUUUGCAAGAUGAUGUACUACCUCUGGAUGUACCAUUGUAUCACCCUCUUCCUCAACAUCCUGGCCUGUUUGGCUCAUUUCACUGUGGAUGCCUCACAUGGGGUGGACUUUGGCUUGGCAAUCUUAUGGUUCAUUUUGUUCAGCCCAGCGGCGUUCGUCUGCUGGUACAGACCUGUAUACAAAGCCUUCAAGUCGGACAGUUCCUUUAAUUUCUUCUUUUUCUUCUUCAUCUUCUCCUUCCAAGUGAUUGUGUACAUCAUCCAAAGUGUUGGAAUUCCAUACUGGGGAAACAGUGGUUGGAUAUACUCUAUUUCUGUGAUCGGGACUAACCUGGCUGUGGCUGUGUUCAUGAUGGUAGUGGCUGGCUUCUUCACAGUGUCGGCUGUAUUGUCUGUCAUCUUGCUGAAAACGGUACAUGGCAAAUACAGGAGAACUGGGGCCAGCUUUCAAAAAGCCCAGCAGGAGUUUUCUCAUGGUGUUGUCAGUAACCAAACCUUCCAGAGUGCCGCAUCAAGUGCUGCAUCUGCAGCUGCUCAGAAUGCCUUUCAGAGCAACUAGUAGUUGCAAACUCCGCCUUCCCCGUCUUGCUGUUUUUCUCUCUCUAUUGAUUUUUCUGACUGCACGCUAGUAUGUUGCCAUCACAUACUAACAAAAGGUCAUUGGGUCUGUACACAUAUGAACUGUUUUAAAACCUUAAUCUUAUUAAAUUCAAAUAUACAAAGUUCCAAUGAUUUAGGGCAAUGCCAUAUUAUGUUAUAAUGUUUGAUUGUACAGCCUUACUUUUACUGGUUACUUUUACUGAUCAUCAGUCUAAAGCCCUGUGCCUCUUUGUUUACAUUAGGUUUAGCAUUACAUUAUAGAGUUGUUACAUUUGUAGUACAUUAUUUAGAAGGAUUGUUACAGAAAUGAGUGAUGGGCCAUUGUAUGCUAACAGAUUAUUCUGGCUUAUGUUUAUGAUUAAGUUAGAAAUUACAUUAGGAGUAAAUUUUUAUGGUGGCAACAGGUGUGAAGAUGGGAGUCUAGCUUGUUCAGUAAUUUGUAUUAACUGCAGAUUAGACUAAUGAGAUUGUAGGCCUACGUCACUGUCUGAAAAGUCAGGAUUCAUUACAAUUUUUGUUCAAGCCACACUUGGAAGUGGUUAGAAAUAAUUACAUUUAACAUGACUAUUCACCAUAUUUGUAAAAAACAGAAUAAUUUCCAAUUGGUUAUUGAGCGAUUUGUCUCCAUUUAAGAUUGGCUAACUACAACCCGAAAGUUGAGAUGCUUUGUAAAAUGUGAAUUAAAAAAAGAAGACUUUGUUUUAGAAAUUGUCAACCCUAUAUUUAAUUGAGAAUAGUUCAAAGACAACAUAUCAACUGUUGAAGGAGUUUUAUUGUUUUUUGAUGACUGUAUAUGUUGCUCAAAACCUGUGUACAUCAUUCAAAAUUGAUUGUGCCUUGCCAGGUGUGCAAAAUGGCCAUAUCAUAUGCACUAAUGCACCUCCACACCAUCAUGGAUGCUGGUUUUUGAACUGAGCACAAGUUUACUGAGCUCUAUAACAAGUUGGAUAUGUUGAAUAGUCCCUCUGUUUUUUUAGCCCAGGAGUCCAUGAUUUCUGAAAAUAAUUGCAUAUUUUGAUUGGUCUAACCACAGGACCUUGUUCACUUUAACUCAGUCCAUUUUAAAUGAGCUCAGGGUCAGACAAUCAAUUUAGUUUACACCAUCAUCGUCAUGAUGCUCAUAGACAAUGGUUAUCUGAUGUUUUCUUGAGCACAUACAAUGAUUUUCUUCACAGAAAAAAGGUUUGGUUUUAUUGCAGUCCAGCAUUUUUUCAUCCCCGUCUCUGGCUUUUGCAGCCUUUUGUUGCCUCCAUCCCAACUUUUUUUAAAUGUGUUGCUGGCAUCAAAUUCAAAAUAUGCUUAUAUUUUCCAUUCCAUUUUCCAUGAGUCAAUUUUAUCUCCAACAGUUGAUAUGUUUUCUUUGAACUAUUCUCAAUUAAAUAUAGGGUUGAUCUGGUUUGAAAAUCAUAGCACUCUUUGAUUCACAUUUUAUAAAGUGUUAACUUUUUUGGAAUUCAGGUUGUAUGCGUCAACUAGAGACUACCCUUCAGAGCUAACAUACCGGUAUAUACACAUAUACAUAGUGGAUGAUGAGAUUAUAUGUGAACAUUUUUCAAAAACUUUAUUCUAAACAUUACAUUCACUCUGGUCUGACCCCUGUUCUUUAAAGAUCUAGUUGAGCACAGUUGGUGAGCACUGAAUCAUAUUUUACUGACAUUGAUUCUACCAUCCUCAUGUCAGACACUGUAGCUACCCUGCAUGACUACAUGAAGGUAGUUACUUUGUCAGACCCAGUUGUGUAAUGACUAACUUAAAUCCUUUAAAGCAACACCAAAGAGUUUUUUGUACCUUAAAAUAAUGUUUCCAAAAUUGUUUCCGUGGUUCAUCAACUCGUAACAGGGUGAACGGCACUUCUGCAUUCGCUUCGCGGCCCUCUA